AUGUAUAGCAAUCAAAGAAUCAUUUGUGAGAGAAUUAUUAAGAAAAAUGGAUCGAUAACUUGCAGAAUAGAGCAUCAUAUCAGUGCGCCACAAGCAAAUGGCUUCAGCCAGAUGGCCCGAAUGAUGGAUUCCUUGAUACUGGAUAGUCUAUCAACAACCCCUUUUGCCUUGACGAAAAUUACGACUCAUCGACCCGUGAAAAAGGCAACAAGUAUAAAUCAUUUGCCGUCUAAUGGUUUGAGUUCAUCCACAUCCACGAAUAAUCGCAGCACAUUUCAUAAUAGUAACAAUAAAAAGAUACCAACGCAAGAAGUUGCUCCUGUCAUUCGACAAUCAAAUCCUCAAGAUAACCGUUGGCGUUCGUCAUUAAGAAGGCACGACCCAGAACUUCAACCUUCGUUGCCUUCUAUUAACAGCCAUUCAAGUUCUGUUAAUAGCAUUGCUUAUCCUACGGAGUCCAAAAAACUGAGAUCGUCAGCAAUGAAGUCUGCUUUUAGGAAAUCACGAUCAGUAGAAAGAAUGCGAGCUUUGAGAAAAUUGUCGACUUCGAAGAUACAGAAAGAACCAAAGAAAUCUUCAUCAGAAGAAGGAAAUUCAGAUGAUCAGGAGAAUUCCAUUGAAGAUAAUUCCAACACCAUCAGUUCGACAUCUCCAAAACAGCUAAGAAAAUCUCCGAUGAAGAAAAUGAGUGGUAAACAGAAGAUCUUUAAUACAAUCGGCUAUGAAAUGGGACUUGUCGAGACAAUUGAGAAAGAUAUUUUACAAAAAUGUCAAAAAAUUCAAUGGAGUAAUAUUGCGGGAUUAUCAGAAGCGAAAUCAAUUUUACAAGAAGCUGUUGUGUUACCAAUCAUCAUGCCUGACUUUUUCAAAGGAAUCAGAAGACCUUGGAAAGGAAUUUUACUUGUCGGCCCUCCGGGAGGUGGCAAAACAAUGCUAGCGAAAGCAGUUGCAACAGAAUGCAAUACAACUUUCUUUAAUGUCUCAUCAUCAACAUUAACAUCAAAGUAUCGAGGUGAUUCAGAGAAACUUGUUCGACUUCUCUUUGAAAUGGCAAGAUUUCAUGCACCUUCGACAAUUUUUAUUGAUGAAAUUGAUUCAUUGUGUUCAGGGGGUCGAGAAGAUUCGGAACAUGAAGCUUCAAGACGCUUUAAAGCGGAGCUUCUCAUUCAAAUGGACGGUCUUAAUAACGAAAGUUCUGAUGAUGAUAUCAAAGUUAUGGUCUUAGCAGCCACCAACCAUCCAUGGCGUAUCGAUCAAGCAUUUCGUCGACGUUUUGAGAAAAGAAUUUACGUUAGUCUACCUGACAAUGAAGGCAGAAUUGCGUUACUAAAUCUUUAUCUAAAAAAUAUAUCAACAUGUAAUAAUCUCAAUAUCAACGCAAUUUCUCAAUCGUUACAAGGAUAUUCUGGUGCUGACAUUGCCAACGUUUGUCGUGAUGCAGCUUUAAUGGCAAUGAGAAGGAAAAUAGUCGGAAAAUCUCCCGCUGAAAUUAAGAUGAUUAAACGUGAAGAAGUCGAUCUUCCAGUCACCACUGAUGACUUCAAAGAAGCGUUAAGUAAAACAAGAAAAUCAGUAUCGGAAUCUGAUGUGAAAAACUUUGAAAAUUGGAUGGCCGAGUACGGUUCUUGUUAACUAAAACUUUAUGAUUUUGUUAGCUAAACACAUUUGCUUUGCUAUUUAAUUAUAGUUAUGAAUAUGAUAUCAAAAGAUUCUCAAUAAAUACUUACCAACUUAGUCUAAAAUUACCUUUACUUUUGAUUUCUAAAUAUUAAACAAAUUUAUAAGAAUAAGAAAUUAUGAUUUAUGAUCUGAUUCGAAUUAAAAAAUAAAAAGCGGUAAGGG